UCACCCCAUCCCAAACAUCGUUAAAAAUAAUAAUAAUAUCUCUUCCCAGUAGAAUCCACUGACUGGAACCCGGGUAGGUCGCAUCCGGGUCGGUUACCAUAAAUAACGCCGCGUCACACUAGGCGAGGUUGGAAUCUGAAGCACCAAACUAAUAUCAAACUAGCCGUUACCGUCUCCAACAGCGGAAAGCACCUCAAGCAACCGAUUUUGAAUCCAAAAGAAAGUCGCAAGCAGCACAUAAGCGAACGCCCCUUCCCCAAUCACCGGAAAAUGAAAAAAAGGGAGAACAACACUUCCCCACAACCCACCCCUUCUCCCACCAGCAUUAAAACCUAAACCGAACUCCCCCUCUCUCCAUCUCCACUGUAGUCCAUUUCCAUGCUUGCUCAUUACUAGUAGAAUACCUCAUGGAGUUGUGGAGGAGCUCCUUUCUCGGCCACAAACAAUCUCCAUUUCCUUUCUAAAUAAACUCACUAGCUCGUAGAAGAUGAGUGGUAAAGGUAUGGAGGACCACCCCAGAAGACAUGGCCAGCAGCAGCAGAGUGCAAUCCGGUCGAAGCUUAAGAUCCUUCUGCUCGUGAUUUCAGCUAAUGUGCUCUGUGUCUACCUCUUCUCGGGCACCUCAUUAGAGUAUGCACCCCGGAUCCACCUUUGGGACUCGCAGGCCCUCCUCCAAGAGCUCAACUUGACACGCCACAAGCUCUACGCCACCCAAGCGCAGCUUGCCGACCUCCACCGCCGGCUGUCCGCCUCCAGUUCCCUGCUUGAGACCCUCCUGAAUGAGCUUGGCAAGGCCCAUGGUGACAAGACCCCGUCGGAUGAGCUCGACGGCUGGCAGAAGGAACUCUCCGGGGAGCUCAAGCUUGCUGUCGGGCCAUAUAAGCUCCCCCUUGGAUCUACUCCCAACCUCGGGACCGACAAGCUCUACCCAACGCUCGGCUCUCCCUGCCGGCGAUUCCAAGUGGACCUGACCGAGUACAUGUCUUAUGAAGUCGGCAAGGAGUGCCCCAGCGACGACAUCUUCGCGCAGAGAUUGAUGCUCAAAGGGUGCGAGCCGCUCCCCCGCCGGCGAUGCCAUCCGAAAUCUCCCUCUGGGUAUGUCGAGCCCACCCCGUUUCCUGCGAGCCUUUGGACCAUCCCUCCGGACACCAGCAUCGUCUGGGAUGCAUACAGCUGCAAGAAUUACAGCUGCUUAGUUAACAGGGGCAAGGCGAAAGGAAGCUAUGACUGCAAGGAUUGCUUUGACUUGAAUGGCCGGGAGAAGGUCCGGUGGCUGCAUGACAAUGGCAAUCUCGACUUCGGAAUUGACAGUGUCUUGGGGACCAAACCACCGGGAACGAUCCGAAUUGGCCUCGACAUCGGCGGUGGCACCGCCACAUUCGCCGCCCGGAUGCGGGAGCGCAAUAUCACCAUUGUCACCAGCUCGAUGAACUUUGAUGGGCCGUUCAAUAGCUUCAUCGCAUCGAGAGGCCUCGUGCCGAUGCACAUCAGCAUCGCCCACCGGCUUCCCUUCUUCGACAACACGCUCGACAUCGUGCAUUCGAUGCAUGUGCUCAGCAAUUGGAUCCCCGACAUCAUGCUGGAGUUCGCUCUCCACGAUAUCUACCGGCUGCUGCGGCCGGGGGGGCUGUUCUGGCUUGAUCACUUCUUCUGCAUUGGCACACAGCUGAACACCACAUAUGUGCCCAUGUUCAACCGCAUUGGAUUCAAGAAGCUGAGGUGGAACGCCGGUCGGAAGCUCGACCGGGGAAUACAGAUGGAUGAAUGGUACCUCUCUGCACUGCUGGAGAAGCCCAUGACCUGAUGAAUUCAUGACCAAUGACUAAAAUCCUAUGUUG